AGGAAUUGUGAGAGACAAGUGACCUGAAAAACAAAUUACGAGCCAGAAGAGCUGCAAAAUGCUCCGAUCUGUCUGCUGUUGCUGCUUCAGUGGCGAGACUUUCGACGACGAGAGGCAGCCGCUCCUGCAGCCCAGGCCCUCGCAGCCUGAUAAACCUGAAUCAGCCCGGCAGACCCGGCCAGCACACACUGAUGCCCAGACGGUGAGGCGGAGCGGCAAGCUGGUGAUGAGGCGAGUGUGUGUGUCAGAGUUGGACCAGAGGUUUGCAGACGUGGCUGAGACCUUCAACGAUCAGCAGCAGCGCUACGAGGCCAUGGUCCGCCACAUCGUCAAUCUGCGACAGACCUACGGCUGUAACCAUGACGACACGCUGCUGCUGAGUGAAUGCAUGAAGACGAUCAGAGAGGAGCACGAUGCCAGGUAUAAGGUCUGCCUCCACAUGAAGGGCUAUGACUUCUCUCUCUCUGUGGCUCCACUGGGAUCAAAGGAUGAAACAGAGGAGCCCCUUCCUCCCCACCUGCGGCUGGCUCAGGAGGAGGUGCGGGCCGCGUCCCAGAGCGCCAAGGUGACCGUCUCGGUGGGAACCAAACUCCAGGAGAUGAUCGGCUGGCUGCUCCAUUGCGAAGAGCAAAUGGCCGAACAAGUGAGGGAGGCAGCGCCGUCGUACCAGGAGCAAGGGAGGCUGGAUGAGAACCUGAAGGAGAGCAUGAAGGAAGUGAGGAGGGCGAAAGAGCUGUCGCUAGGAUACAAACAGCAGGCAGGGGAGGUCCUCACUGAAGCUGCUCAGAUAGCAGGAACUAAACUCUAGUUAACUUUCACACACACACACACACAACUUCACGCAUGUGUACUGGGCAUAUCAGUGCUGUCUCUCUCUGUAAAUACUCUUCUUUGUAUGAAAACAUGUGAGGACCUACACUGUGACCUUUAAAAAAUCUCAUUAGAAAUGUAUUAAAUUUAGCAGACUCUAACAAACACACACAAAGAUUUACUGUCUGUGGGAAUAAUUGUAUUUUCCUCAUGGUGUGUGGGUAAUUUUACAACCACUGAGCAACUACAAUGCAUGGUUCUCUAAGGGGGCAUUAGGGGGCAUUGCACUCACACUUUCAUAUUGGGCCUCCAAGUUCUUCCAUCCAGAUCACCAUUCAUAUUUAUAGAAUAGAAAUUCUUUAUCUCAGUUGUCCCAAGUGUUUUUUUUUCCUUCGGUAACUGGCAACAGAUUUUUUUUUUUUUUUUUUUUUUUUUUUUUUUUUUUUUUACAUAUGUUUCUUUCUUAAUCAAUCUUAAUUCUGAGAACUGACACUCAAAAUAUAAAUAUGAGGACUGGUAUAAUAUUUAGGUGUCAGUGUGCAUCAUCGUUAAUUUUAGAAUUGUGUGUCAAAUAAGUUACUUUCAUAUAUUUUUGAGCUUUCAUAUCAGUGUAAAGUGCACAGA